UUGCGAUGAAGAAGUAUAUAAAAGCAACUUCUAAUAUUCAACAACUCAACGCUAUUACUUUAGAUCCAGAGGCUAAUAUGUUAGAUCCAGAGGCUAAUAUAUUAGAUCCAAAGGCUAAUAUGUUAGAUUCAGAG